UGCUCGCCGCACCCGCGUCCUCGCCGUCCUCCCCGGCCGCCCGCGGGGGCUUUGUUGUGGCCCGGCCUCCGCGGACCGCCGCCUGGUGAAGUCGCUCUUCGCCGCCGCACCUAGCGGGCAGGAGGGCGCGCGUGUGCCCGGGAGUGCGCGCCUGUGCGCGCCGGUGUGUGCAGGACCUGACCCGCGGGCCCAUUGUGCGUCCGCCCGCGGCGCCCGGGAACAUGUGGGUGAACCCCGAAGAGGUGCUGCUGGCCAACGCGCUGUGGAUCACGGAGAGGGCCAACCCCUACUUCAUCCUGCAGCGGAGGAAGGGGCACGCGGGCGAUGGAGGCGGCGGCGGCGGACUAGCGGGCCUUCUCGUGGGUACCCUUGAUGUCGUGCUGGACUCCAGUGCCCGGGUGGCUCCUUACCGAAUCCUGUACCAGACUCCUGACUCUUUGGUCUAUUGGACCAUCGCCUGUGGUGGUUCCAGAAAAGAAAUCACCGAACACUGGGAAUGGCUUGAGCAGAAUCUGCUGCAGACACUCUCCAUCUUUGAAAACGAGAAUGAUAUCACCACAUUUGUGAGAGGAAAAAUACAGGGCAUCAUUGCAGAGUAUAACAAGAUCAACGAUGUGAAGGAAGAUGAUGACACGGAGAAGUUUAAAGAAGCCAUCGUGAAAUUCCACAGGCUGUUUGGGAUGCCCGAGGAAGAGAAGCUCGUCAACUAUUAUUCUUGUAGCUACUGGAAGGGGAAGGUUCCCCGUCAGGGUUGGAUGUACCUCAGUAUUAACCACCUUUGCUUUUACUCUUUCCUUAUGGGAAGGGAAGCCAAGCUGGUAAUCCGGUGGGUGGACAUCACACAGCUUGAGAAGAAUGCCACACUGCUUCUCCCUGAUGUGAUCAAAGUGAGCACGAGGUCCAGCGAACAUUUCUUCUCUGUAUUUCUCAACAUCAAUGAGACUUUCAAGUUAAUGGAGCAGCUCGCCAACAUAGCCAUGAGGCAACUUUUAGACAACGAGGGAUUUGAACAAGAUAGAUCCCUGCCCAAACUGAAAAAGAAGUCUCCUAAAAAAGUGUCGGCUCUAAAACGCGAUCUUGAUGCCAGGGCAAAGAGUGAGAGAUACCGUGCACUUUUCCGACUGCCGAAAGAUGAAAAAUUAGACGGCCACACAGACUGCACCCUCUGGACUCCAUUCAACAAAAUGCACAUUUUGGGGCAGAUGUUUGUGUCCACAAAUUACAUCUGCUUUACCAGCAAGGAGGAGAACCUGUGUAGCCUCAUCAUCCCACUCCGUGAGGUGACAAUUGUGGAAAAGGCAGACAGCUCCAGCGUACUCCCCAGCCCUUUAUCCAUCAGCACCAGGAACAGGAUGACCUUCCUAUUUGCCAAUUUGAAAGAUAGAGACUUUCUAGUGCAGAGGAUCUCUGAUUUCCUGCAACAGACGACCUCCAAAAUCUACUCGGACAAAGAGUUUGCAGGCAGCUACAACAGUUCAGAUGAUGAGGUGUAUUCUCGGCCCAGCAGCCUUGUCUCCUCCAGCCCUCAGAGAAGCACGAGCUCCGAGGCCGAUGGAGAGCGCCAGUUCAACCUGAACGGCAACAGCGUUCCCACAGCCACGCAGACCCUGAUGACCAUGUAUCGGCGGCGGUCCCCCGAGGAAUUCAACCCGAAGUUGGCCAAAGAGUUUUUGAAGGAGCAAGCUUGGAAGAUUCACUUUGCCGAGUAUGGGCAAGGGAUCUGCAUGUACCGCACAGAAAAGACCCGGGAGCUGGUGUUGAAGGGCAUCCCGGAGAGCAUGCGGGGGGACCUCUGGCUGCUACUGUCAGGUGCAAUCAAUGAGAAGGCCACACACCCUGGGUACUAUGAAGAUCUAGUGGAGAAGUCCAUGGGCAAGUAUAAUCUCGCCACGGAGGAGAUCGAGAGGGAUUUACACCGCUCCCUUCCAGAACAUCCAGCUUUCCAGAAUGAGAUGGGCAUUGCUGCUCUACGGAGAGUCUUAACAGCUUACGCUUUUCGAAAUCCUAAUAUAGGAUAUUGCCAGGCCAUGAAUAUUGUCACAUCAGUGCUGCUGCUUUAUGCCAAAGAGGAGGAAGCUUUCUGGCUGCUAGUGGCUUUGUGUGAACGCAUGCUUCCCGAUUACUACAACACCAGAGUUGUUGGCGCGCUGGUUGACCAGGGUGUCUUCGAGGAACUGGCGCGAGACUAUGUCCCGCAGCUCUACGACUGCAUGCAGGACCUGGGCGUGAUUUCUACCAUCUCCCUGUCUUGGUUCCUCACGCUCUUUCUCAGCGUGAUGCCCUUUGAGAGUGCGGUUGUGGUUGUGGACUGUUUCUUCUAUGAAGGAAUCAAGGUGAUAUUCCAGUUGGCCCUGGCCGUGCUGGAUGCAAAUGUGGACAAACUGUUGAGCUGCAAGGACGACGGGGAGGCCAUGACCGUUUUGGGAAGGUAUUUAGACAGUGUGACCAAUAAAGACAGCACUCUGCCUCCCAUCCCUCACCUCCACUCCCUGCUCAGUGAUGACGUGGAACCCUACCCUGAAGUGGACAUCUUCAGACUCAUCAGAACUUCCUAUGAGAAAUUUGGAACCAUCCGGGCAGACUUGAUUGAGCAGAUGAGAUUCAAACAGAGACUAAAGGUGAUCCAGACACUGGAGGAUACUACGAAACGGAAUGUGGUCCGAACAAUUGUGACAGAAACUUCCUUUACCAUUGAUGAGCUAGAAGAACUUUAUGCUCUUUUCAAGGCAGAGCAUCUAACCAGCUGCUACUGGGGUGGGAGCAGCAAUGCUCUGGACCGGCACGACCCCAGCCUGCCUUACCUGGAACAAUAUCGCAUUGACUUUGAGCAGUUCAAGGGAAUGUUUGCUCUUCUCUUUCCCUGGGCCUGCGGAACUCACUCUGAAGUAUUGGCCUCCCGCCUCUUCCAGUUGUUGGAUGAAAAUGGAGAUUCUCUGAUUAACUUCCGAGAGUUUGUCUCCGGCCUGAGUGCUGCAUGCCAUGGGGACCUCACAGAGAAACUCAAACUCCUGUACAAAAUGCAUGUCUUGCCUGAGCCAUCCUCUGAUCAAGAUGAGCCAGAUUCUGCUUUUGAAGCAACUCAAUAUUUCUUUGAAGACAUCACCCCAGAAUGCACACAUGUGGUGGGGCUGGAUAGCAGGAGGAAACACGGUGCGGAGGAUGGCUUUGUGACAGUGAGUCUGCAGCCAGACAGAGGGAAGAGGGCAAAUUCUCAAGAAAAUCGCAAUUAUCUAAGACUCUGGACUCCGGAAAAUAAAUCCAAAUCAAAGAAUGCAAAGGAUCUACCCAAAUUGAAUCAGGGGCAGUUUAUUGAGCUGUGCAAGACCAUGUAUAACAUGUUCAGCGAAGACCCCAACGAGCAGGAGCUGUACCACGCCACAGCUGCGGUGACCAGCCUCCUCCUGGAGAUCGGGGAAGUCGGCAAGCUCUUUGUCACCCAGCCUGCCAAGGAGGGCGGGAGCGGGGGCAGCGGGCCCUCCUGCAACGCGGCCAUCCCUGGCGCGCUGUUCCCCAAGAAAGGGCCCGGCCAGUCUUACGUGGUGGAGGCUGUUGAGCCCCUCCCAGCCGGCUUGGCGGUGGAGGGUGAGGAACACUCCCUGGGAGGGCAGUUGGAGGACAUCAAGCUGGAGGACUCCUCUCCCCGGGACCACGGGGCCUGCUCCUCCAUGCUGAUUUCCGAUGACGACACCAAGGACGACAGCUCCAUGUCCUCGUACUCGGUGCUGAGUGCCGGCUCCCACGAGGAGGACAAGUUGCACUGUGAGGACAUCGGGGAGGACACCGUCCUGGUGCGCAGCGGCCAGGGCACGGCGGCCCUGCCCCGGAGCACCAGCCUGGACCGGGACUGGGCCAUCACCUUCGAGCAGUUCCUGGCCUCCCUCCUGACUGAGCCGGCCCUGGUGAAGUACUUUGACAAGCCCGUGUGCAUGAUGGCCAGGAUCACCAGUGCAAAAAACAUCCGGAUGAUGGGCAAGCCCCUCACUUCGGCCAGUGACUAUGAGAUCUCCGCCAUGUCAGGCUGACCCCUGCGCCUUCUCUGGGGACCGGGAGGGGAGGGAGGGUUUUUUUUUUAAUGUUCCGUGUUGGGCUUUCUUUCUUCCUUUUAAAUUAAAUAUUUAUUAGUACCCGGCUUGAAGCCUAGUGUUUUCAUAAUAUAAUACAAUGAAAACUGUUGGAGAACUAUUUAAACACCUCGACGUAGGUACAGUACACUGUCUUAGGGGAGGGGAUUGAACAGAAUACAGUUAAUUCAGUGAAUUCCAAAAAAGAUUAAUCUGUCCGUGAUAUGUGUGUAUUUUAACUUCUGAAUCUUGCUGUUGAGCUGUGUACAUGGUUAAAAAAAUAGUGCUGUUUAACGCUAAAUAAGGCAGCAGCCUUUUGUGUCUUUGGGCUUUUUAGAUAAAACUAGAGCCGUCAGGAAAAUGAAAUGCCACAAACACAAAAAUGUUCCUCAAAGGAAAAGGCAUUGUUGGCGGGGGUAAAUCCUAUACCAUUUUAGGUGGAGGGUGCAUUAGAAAUAUUUUUUAAGAUUUGAAAUAUAUUUCAUAAAAGUCCUCUAUUCAGAAAUCAUAUUCAACAGAUGUUUCCUUUCAAGGGGAAAAUAUUUGAGGCUCUAAACAAUUAUGAAUUUUCACAUGAUGCCAGAAUAACACUUCCAGUUGAUCAGUUUGGACCAAUACUGGACCAACUUUGCAUUAAAAAAACUGUUGUGAUUAUUUAAGUCAGCGGGCCAGAAUUCAGGGAAAAUGAACAGUCUUUUGUUACAGAGAAUCUGAAAAUGACAACAAAGAUAACCGAGGGCUCAGGAUUUUUUUUUUUUUUUAAAGAGUAAAAGUACUGAUGCUUCUGAUACUGGAUCUUCAGCUUCUUGUUACUCAUUGCAAAUAAAGCAAAAACUAAAACCGAUAAACUUUACCAUUGCUAUACUGUGCAUAGGUUCAAGAAAUUAAACUACGUAUCUUCUAUGACCAUCUUUCCCGUUAAAUCGAUGUCAAAUAGAGAUCAUGUAAAGUAAAAAACAAAAUCUGCAAGAUAACGUACCUGAAUGUUUUAAAGCAGAACUUGUCACUUUAUUAAAAGAAUAGUAUGCUCUAUCUAUUUCCUGAAUGGAUGUGGAAAUGAAAACUAGCACACCUGCACUUUGGAUUCUUGCUUUUUUUUUUUUUUUUUUUUUUAUUACUCUCACAGUUUUGCCUUUUACAGAUGUUGAAGGUUUUUUCUCCUUAUUGUUGACUUCAUCAUCGCGGUCACAUUUUCUUUGCUGAUUCAGAGUGUCCCUUUCGACACAUUCCUUUAUUAUGCAUUGUGGUUUUUUUUGAGCUGUUGCUGCUGUUUCUUAUUUUGUUUACAGAAUGAUUUUUAAACUGUCAAAUGAAGUAGUGUUAACCUCAAGUAGGACAAAUGUGAACAAAUAAAAUACAUCAGAUAUUCA